CUUUGUGCGAUCAUAAUGAGAACUUACCAUUACUUCUUGUUGCUUUUUUGGGUUGGUCAGCCCUACCAAAGUUUCUCAAGCCCCUUCUCUAAGAGGACUAGUGGCUUUCCAGAGAAGAAAAAGAUACUGGAGCUAUCUGGAAAUAGCAAGAAUGAGCUUAAUCGAGCAAAAAGGAGCUGGAUGUGGAAUCAGUUCUUCCUCUUGGAGGAAUACACAGGAUCCGAUUAUCAGUAUGUUGGCAAGUUACAUUCAGACCAAGAUAGAGGAGAUGGAUCGCUUAAAUAUAUCCUUUCAGGAGAUGGAGCUGGAGAUCUUUUUAUUAUUAAUGAAAACACUGGAGACAUCCAGGCUACCAAGAGACUAGACAGGGAAGAAAAGCCUGUGUAUAUCCUUAGGGCUCAGGCUAUAAACAGAAGAACAGGAAGACCAGUAGAACCAGAGUCUGAGUUCAUCAUAAAGAUCCAUGAUAUCAACGAUAAUGAGCCCAUGUUCACCAAGGAUGUUUACACUGCCACUGUACCUGAAAUGUCUGAUGUUGGCACUUUUGUUGUUCAAGUCACUGCAACUGAUGCUGACGAUCCCACCUAUGGGAACAGUGCUAAAGUAGUUUACAGUAUUCUCCAAGGACAACCCUAUUUUUCGGUUGAAUCUGAGACAGGCAUCAUCAAAACAGCGUUACUCAAUAUGGAUCGAGAAAACCGAGAGCAAUAUCAAGUGGUUAUUCAAGCUAAGGACAUGGGAGGCCAGAUGGGAGGCUUAUCUGGGACCACCACAGUGAACAUCACCCUGACUGACGUGAAUGACAAUCCUCCGCGUUUUCCUCAGAGCACUUACCAAUUUAAAACUCCUGAGUCAGCCCCUCCAGGUACACCAAUUGGCAGAAUCAAAGCAAUUGAUGCUGAUGUUGGUGAAAAUGCAGAAAUUGAGUACAGCAUCACUGAGGGAGAGGGUUUAGACAUGUUUGAUGUUAUCACUGACCAGGAAACACAGGAAGGAAUUAUCACUGUCAAAAAGGUUUUGGACUUUGAAAAGAAAAAACUAUAUACCCUCAAAGUGGAAGCAUCCAAUCCACGUGUGGAGCCCCGGUUCCUCUACUUGGGCCCAUUUAAAGAUACAGCCACUGUUAGGAUCAUGGUGGAAGACGUUGAUGAACCUCCCGUGUUUGGUAAACUAGCCUAUGUCCUGCAAAUAAGAGAAGAUGCUCAGAUAAACAGUACAAUAGGCUCAGUGUCAGCCCAGGACCCUGAUGCUGCCAAGAAUCCUGUCAAGUAUUCUGUAGAUCGACACACUGAUAUGGACAGAAUAUUCAACAUUGAUUCUGGAAAUGGUUCCAUUUUUACUUCUAAACUUCUCGACAGAGAAACAUUACUGUGGCACAACAUUACUGUCAUAGCAACAGAGAUCAACAAUCCAAAACAAAGUAGCCGCGUACCUUUAUUUAUCAAAGUUCUGGAUGUCAACGACAAUGCCCCAGAGUUUGCUGAAUUCUAUGAAACUUUUGUAUGUGAAAAAGCAAAGGCAGAACAGCUGAUCCAGACCCUGAGCGCUGUUGACAAGGAUGACCCUUACAAUGGGCACCAAUUUUCCUUCUCCUUGGCUCCUGAAGCUGCUGGCAGUUCAAACUUCACUAUUCAUGACAACAAAGACAACACAGCAGGAAUCUUGACUCGGAAAAAUGGCUACAAUAGACACGAAAUGAGCACCUACCUCCUGCCUGUGGUGAUCUCUGACAAUGACUACCCAAUUCAGAGCAGCACAGGGACCGUGACCAUCCGUGUCUGUGCAUGCGAUCAUCACGGCAACAUGCAGUCCUGUAAUGCAGAGGCACUUAUUCACCCGACUGGACUAAGUACUGGUGCUUUGAUUGCCAUCCUCCUGUGCAUCAUUAUACUUCUAGUGACGGUGGUACUUUUUGCAGCUCUGAGGCGGCAGAGGAAGAAGGAACCUUUGAUCAUUUCCAAAGAGGACAUCAGAGACAACAUUGUCAGUUACAAUGAUGAAGGUGGUGGAGAGGAAGACACUCAGGCCUUUGAUAUUGGCACACUAAGAAAUCCUGAAGCCAUAGAAGACAAUAAAUUAAGGAGAGAUAUUGUGCCAGAGGCACUUUUUCUCCCUCGACGGACUCCAACAGUACGCGAUAAUACUGAUGUCAGAGAUUUCAUUAACCAAAGGUUAAAGGAAAAUGAUACAGAUCCUACUGCUCCGCCAUAUGACUCCUUAGCUACCUAUGCAUAUGAAGGCAAUGGCUCUGUGGCAGAGUCCCUGAGCUCCUUGGAGUCUGUCACUACAGAUGGAGAUCAAGACUAUGAUUACCUUAGUGACUGGGGGCCACGGUUUAAGAAGCUGGCAGACAUGUAUGGUGGCACAGACAGUGAUAAAGACUCUUAA